CGCCUCUUGCCACCAUCUCGUCCAAUGUCAGACUUGCUUGCAGACGAUUCGGAGUGGGCUGACGUCGUUCCUAUCCGCCAAUAUGAAAACGUGAACCCGAUCGCGCCUAUCUUCUAUAGCGAGGAGUACAAGGAUGCGACAGAUUACUUCCGCGGAGUCGUCAAGACGGGCGAGAUGAGCCCGCGAGUCCUUAAGUUGACGGAGCGAGUGAUACGGAUGAACCCUGCGCACUAUACUGCAUGGCAGCACCGGUACAAGACCGUCAUGGCGCUCCAAGUCUCCCUUGAGGACGAGCUCGAGCUUAUGGACGAGAUCGCGACGAUGUUCCUAAAGACGUAUCAGGUGUGGCACCACCGCCGGCUUAUCCUCACCGCGCUCAACUCCGUCGACGCCGCCGCGCGCGAGCUCGUCUUCCUCAAGACCGUCCUCGAGAACGACUCCAAGAACUACCACACGUGGUCCUACCGCCAAUGGAUCCUCGUGCACUUCAACGACGAGGAACGGCUGUGGGCGGGCGAACGCCCCUACGUGGAAGAGCUCCUCGAAGAGGACGUGAGGAACAACUCUGCCUGGCACCACCGCUUUUUCGUCGUGUUUUCGAGCGGCGUGCGCGCGGGAGACGAGGACAGGGAGCAGACGCUGAGGAGGGAGCUGUCCUUCGCGAAGGAGAAGAUCGCGCUCGCGCCCAACAACCUCUCCGCGUGGAACUACCUGCGGGGUGCGCUCGAGCACACCCACACCCCGUUCACGACAGUCACUGCCUUCGUCGAACCCUACACUGCUUCAGAGCCCCCAGCCACUGAUGUGGUCGACCUCGACAAUCCCCUACCAUCGGCGGGGGCCCAACUUCCCUGCGUGGCUGCGCUCGAGUUCCUCGCCGACAUCUACGAGGAGGAAGGCGGGGAGAAGACCGCGAAGGCUGUUGAAAUUUGGAAGCUCUUAGCGAACGAGAAAGAUACAAUGCGGAAGAAGUACUGGGAACAUCGUAUACGCGAUGCGCUCCAGAAGGCGUAGGCUCGAUUGCGAGGAUGUACGAAUACCGCGCGGACGUGUUACCGUUGUAUCAAUGUAGCUAUCAUGUAUGUUCGCGCAGCAGGAUAUCAACUGUUUCAUCCGUCAU